GAAAUGGGCCACGUUAAGCGUUCGGUUUGAUGUUUAGAAAACCCAGUGCAAAUUAGACCAAAAACAAGAGGUCUUUAUCGAAAAAGUAUGGCUUUGGACUUUUGUCACACUGCUUUGCUGCAUUUUGUGCAUAUCGUGUUAUGGGUUCGUCUUUAUUUGUGGACUCGUUUAACGAGAUUUAUUUCCAAACACAUCGGGUUGUGCAUUGGAGAGCAACGUAAACUUUCCGCUGAAAGAUGCCGCAUCGACUCAAAGAAUCUUCCCAAACUUCCAUUACACAUCGGUCUGCAGAUCCUGGAAAGUCGGAUUUCAGACGAAGAUGUCGCUAAUCUACUGGUGUGGUGCAUAGCCAUGGGAUUUCAAUAUGUUUCUCUGUUUGAUGAUGAAGGUUACUUCAAGAAAAACCCUUCAAAACUGAGAGAUGUGAUGCAGAAAAAGAUGGCAACAAUUUCAGAGAGUAACCGCCUUGUCUUCCAUAUUGAGACACCAGUGAGAAAUGGAGAAAGAAGUUAUAAAGUCACUACCACCAAAGAAACUUUACAAGAUACUAAAAGUACUCGGAUAGCCCUUAUGUCUUGUGAAGAUGGACGGGGGGAUAUCUUGGAAUCUGCCAGGAAACUAUGUCAAGAUGUAGCAGACAACAGAUACAGAGCAUCAGAAAUAGGCAUUACCAAUUUAGACCAAGUCAUGAAUUCAUUACUAGAUUAUCCCAACCCAGAUCUUAUCAUUCAGUUUGGACAAGUUAAUAGUUUACUUGGAUAUUCACCAUGGAAAAUUAGAGUUACAGAAAUAUUGUCUGUUCCAACACAUCAUGGAAUGAAUUACCAAAGUUUCAUCGACGUACUCCACUCCUAUUCCAAAACACAACAGAGAUAUGGCAAGUAAUGCAGCCCUCCCUUAAAAGAUUUUUCCAUGAAAUACUUUAAUAUAUAUAUUUUUGGAAUAAUGUGUACUAUACAUGUAAGUUAAGAGUAUGAGAGAAGCUUGGUUAUAUAUGUAAAUGGAUUAAUUGAUAUGUCUUUGUAAUGAACUGCCAUAUGAAUGUUGAUUGUUUUUAUGAUUUUUAUACUUUUUCAGUGAUUUAAUUAAAUCUUUGAAAUCUUGGUAUUCUUUGUGCUACAUUUAUUUUUGUACAUGCCAGGAGCAUGUAAUAUUCAAAUUGGUUUAGAUGCAAGAUCCAAAUACUCUUACAUGUAUAUUAGAGUCUGCGUAUGGAAUAGUAUGCAUGAGUAAAUGUGAAAUGUUUUGUAACUUGUUUGCAUUUGGACCAUGUCUUUUACCAGAAAUGAAUAAAGUAUGAUAGCAAAGUAUCUUUUGCAUAGUAUUCAGAUCUGCUAGUAUAAUUCUAUUUUUCCACUCACAUAGAAGCUUUUUGUUUGACCUGACUAGACAUAUUACAAUAUAUUUCUGUAUGUACCGUAAAUGAAAGUGGGUCAAUAUUAAUAGCGCAUUACCAUUCACUGUUUGGUGAAGGUAGUGUACAUGCGGAUGUCCAUUUAUUAAAUAGGAUAUAAGAUAAGGAAAGAACAUGGAAACAAUUCAUCCAAAGUGGAAUUCUUCUGAUAUCUUACUUCAUAUUGAUUCCAGGCAUUUGAUUAUGUCUAAUAUCAAAGUACAUGUACUUUACAAUUUAACCUUUUCAGACCCAAUGCAAACAGUUUGAUCACAAUUAUAUUCUGAUCAAAUUCAUCCAAAGGGAAUUCUUCUGAUAUCUUACUUCAUAUUGAUUCCAGGAUUUUGAUUAUGUCCAAUAUCAAAGUACUGUACAAUUUAAACUUUUUCAGACCCAAUGCAAACAGUUUGAUCAGAAUGAUAUUGCCAAGGACCCAAUUAAAUUUAAGUCCCACAUACUGUAGUUGAUUUCUUUUUUUUUUAAUAAACACACUUUCCCCGGCAUUUAAACUUAUUUUUUGGAUAAAUCAUCAACUCAUCCCCCAGUGAUAUUCAUAAUCAUUUAAUGUAUAUUGAUAUUUUGUAUUGCUGUAACACUCUUGCCAUACAUAUACUUUGAAGAAACAUACUUUGGUUCUUUGCAUACUUAAAUGAAUUAUUAACUAAAUAAUAGGAAAUAAUUUGUUCCAAAUGUUGCAUGUAUUUGUGGCUAUUACAAUGUUCAAGCAGCAUAAGUUACUUUAUAGUACAUACUAACAUAAAAAAAGGCCCAGGAAAAUUUAUGUCAUGUUAUGUGACUCGUAUUACUGUUUUGUAAACACAUGUGCAAUUCAGUGUAAUGGUGCAUAGUAUUGGGCCCAGUAGUAUUAUUCUUUAAUUGAAAAGUAGUAAUAUUCCCCCCACCCCCCCCCAUUUUAAUAGAAUUUAUGCUUAAUUUUGUUUUGAGUUUGAAUUUUGUUUAUUUAUUUUAAAUGUAGGUAUAAUUUGUUGUCAUAUUAUUCUUACAUGUAUUUGAUACAGACACAAGACAAAUUCUAUUUGUACAAAUGAAUACCAGAUUAAGUUAAUAUGUUCAUUUUGAGAAGUGCCCUGGUGGGUGUUUCAUAAAGCUGUUCGUAAGAUACAAAUUACUAUACGUACGACUGGUGAUCCUUUCUUGUGCUAAAUUAUAUCCCUGUAUAAUUGAUUUAUGACAUAAGAACAUGUUCCAGUUGUGCGUUUGUUUACGAACACCUUUAUGAAACACCCACCAGAUUUAAAUAAAAUUCAAUUAGACAGCCUAUAAACUCCAUGCGUACAUGUAGGUGUGGGGGACAUCACAAUGUAUCAAAACAAGAAGUGAAUAUUUAGGAGCAUGGACAAUAUGACUUCCACAGUAUUUUUUCCAAUGAGAUAUAUCUCCCCUUGGUAUAAUGGCUUCAUUCUUAGAGAUACAUGUAGAGAGCAAGGAUUUUGAAAGGAAAUAUAUGGUCAGUAUUAAACCCCCAAAUACAAGGUCUUGUUCCCAUCUGGAUGGUAUUUCAUUUUCAUUCUGUAUUUGAAAAUACAAUUAUUAUAUUAGGUUAAUUUAGUGGAUAGAAUCAUUCAUAACAAGGUACUUCUCAAAGACCAAAGGGCCGUUUCAUAAAGCUGUUCGUAAGUUAAGAGUGACUUUAAGAACGACUGGUGAUCCUUUCUUGAGUUGAAAAUGUUCAUUGGGGAUUAUUUAGCGUAUAAGAAAGGUUCACCAGUCGUUCUUAAAGUUACUCUUAACUUAGAAACAGUUUUAUGAAACACCCACCUGUGCUUUGAAUCAACAAAUAAUGACAAUUGAAAUGUUGGAUUUAUGAUCCUUAUGUGGAAUUUAGAUAUCAUUACAAGUUAUAUUUAAAUCUAUUAGUAAAGAUGAAAAGGAUGUAUGUUUACACUAUUUAAGCGUUCAGUUAACAUUCCAUGAAUGACUGAUUUUGAAUUUUGACUAGUGUUUACAUGAUUGUAAUAGUCAUUUAUUAUUAAAAGACUAAAUUAAGAA